GCGCUGCAAAACCGGAAUGAGUGCAACCGCAAUGGGAGCAAUCGAAGUGCGGCCUCUGUGGUCUAUGCUGACAGAAAAUCACCGACAAAGUAGGCCCACAAAAGUCAGCCACAACUCGAAAUUUAAAUCAGUAUCUCGUCGAUCAUCGGGGCAGCUUGUUUAAUCCUUUUCAAGCCAUGAGCAAGAGCAGAGAAAUCGUCGGAAUUGUAGUUGUUGGGGCAGGAGCCUCUGGGAUAGCUGCUGCCACUCGUCUCCUGGAGAAGGGCUUUAAAAACGUGCAGAUCCUGGAGGCUGAGACGCGCCUGGGCGGACGAAUACACACCAUUCCAUUUGCGGACAAUGUAGUCGACCUGGGAGCGCAGUGGUGCCACGGAGAAAAUGGGAAUGCCGUCUACGAGAUGGUCAAGGAUCUCUGUCUCCUUGAACGGACUGGAGACUUGUUUGGUACGGUGCGGUGCGUGCGAUCCAACAAGGAGGAAGUACCUCAGGAGCUGGCUAUCACAUUAAGGGGAAUAGCAGCGAUUUCGGUUCCAGACGGGCCCAGCCCAUACGCGGGGUCAGUGGGAGAAUAUAUGUCGCAGAAGUAUUGGCAGCAGGUUGACAUCCAGCUGCCAUCCGUGGACCGCGCCCUGGCCGAAGAGAUGUUGGAAAGCUGCAAGAGGUCAGAAAGUUCUUUAGAGGGCUCCGACAACUUGCUUGAAGUUUCGGGACGCGGACAUUUGGAAUUCGCUGAAUCUGAUGGCGAUCAGCUGCUCAACUGGCGCGAUUUGGGCUUCGAGAGAUUCCUUCGACUUUUGAUGAGCGCCAGCGAUCAGCCCGAUGAUCUUAGUGUUCUCAAGGGACGUGUACACUACCAGAAGAGAGUUACCGAGAUCAACAGUAAUUGUCCAUGCAAUUUGAAAGUUCGUUGCUCGGACGGAGGGACCCUCAACGCAGAUCAUGUCAUUUGCACCGUCUCCCUGGGAGUACUUCAGGAGCAACAUGAGACGUUGUUUGUGCCUGCACUGCCGGCAGCAAAGGUGAAUGCGAUUAAAAGCCUUAAACUGGGCACAGUGGACAAGUUCUAUUUGGAGUUUUCAGCACCGCCGUUGCCUAAUGACUGUGCGGGGUUCUACUGUCUGUGGAUGGAGCAGGAUCUGCAGGUGCUACGCAGCUCGGAGUUCUUUUGGCUGGAGAGCAUUACCGGCUGCCAUCGGGUCUCCUAUCAGCCUCGCCUGCUGCAGGCUUGGAUUGCGGGUGAGCACGCCCGCCACAUGGAGACGCUCCCAGAGGAAAAAGUACUGGAGGGUCUGAACUGGCUUUUCCGAAAAUUUCUCAACUUUGACGUGCCUCAGGCUAAACGUUUUGUUCGCACCCAAUGGCAUUCCAAUCCCAACUUCCGUGGUAGCUAUAGUUUUCGUACGACAAAAGCCGAUGAGCUGAGUACUGGUCCUUGGGAUCUGGAGACUCCAGUGAUGAAUGACAAUGGUCACCCAAUCUUGCUAUUUGCGGGCGAGGCCUCGAGCAAGACUCACUAUUCCACGGUACAUGGUGCUGUUGAAGCUGGUUGGCGGGAAGCGAACAGAUUAAAUGAUUUUUACCAAGAUAUUUCUACUAAAUAAAGUUUAUUGU